UUCCAUAUUUUUGUGACCCUGCAUUCACUAUAUCUGGUCUCCCAGGACCCUGCAUUCACUAUAUAUGGUCUCCCUGGACUCUGCAUUCACUAUAUCUGGUCUCCCCGGACCCUGCAUUUACUAUAUCUGGUCUCCCUGGACCCUGUAUUCACUAUAUCUGGUCUCCCCGGCCCCUGCAUUCAUUAUAUCUGCUCUCCCUGGACCCUGCAUUCACUAUAUCUGCUCUCCCUGGACCCUGCAUUCACUAUAUCUGGUCUCUCAGGACCCUGCAUUCACUAUAUCUGCUCUCCCGGACCCUGCAUUCACUAUAUAUGGUCUCCGGGACCCUGCAUUCACUAUAUCUGGUCUCUCA